CAAACAUUGAAAUAUCUUUUCUUUAUGAAAUCUAAAACACAAAUUCUCAUUGGUUGGUUUGAAAGGAUGUGGCAUAUGCACAUGCUGCUAAUUAUCUUAUCCACACAUAUCAAGUGUAACACUUUCACUUUAUAAAUACAUUUUCAAAUCUAAAUUUCUAAAUAACACAAUUUAUCACAUUCAUUUUCAUAUCCUAAGGUUCAUUCUUACCUUGUUUUGCUAAGUUCCAAUGGCCCUUCAAGCUGCUUCUUUGCUUCCUGCUUCUUUCUCCAUUCCUAAAGAGGGAAAGAUUGGUGUUAAGGAUUCAACUCUUUUUGGUGUUUCAUUGUCUGAAUCUUUGAAAGGUGACUUUAGCUCUUCUGCAUUGAGGUGCAAGAGGGAAUUGCGACAAAAAGCUGGUGUUGUGAGGGCAGAGACAGCGGCUACAGCUACUCCAUCAGUUACCAAGUCAUCACCUGAUGGCAAGAAAACAUUGAGGAAAGGAAAUGUUGUGAUCACUGGUGCUUCAUCUGGAUUAGGUUUGGCUACUGCUAAGGCUUUGGCUGAGACAGGAAAAUGGCAUGUAAUUAUGGCUUGCAGGGAUUUCCUUAAAGCUGCAAGAGCUGCAAAAUCUGCUGGAAUGGCUAAGGAAAGCUACACAAUCAUGCACUUAGACCUUUCCUCUCUUGACAGUGUUCGCCAAUUUGUCGAUAACUUUAGACGAUCCGAAAUGCCACUGGAUGUGCUUGUUAACAAUGCUGCUGUUUACUUGCCAACUGCUAAGGAACCUACAUUCACUGCUGAUGGCUUUGAACUUAGUGUUGGGACAAAUCAUCUCGGGCAUUUUCUUCUUUCACGCCUUUUGCUCGACGACAUUGGCAAAUCUGAUUACCCUUCAAAGCGUUUGAUCAUUGUUGGCUCAAUCACAGGUAACACAAACACAUUGGCCGGAAAUGUACCUCCGAAAGCUAACCUCGGUGACCUGAGGGGACUUGCCGGUGGCUUGAAUGGGCUUAACAGUUCUUCCAUGAUAGAUGGUGGAGAUUUUGAUGGUGCCAAGGCAUACAAGGACAGCAAAGUGUGUAACAUGCUCACAAUGCAAGAGUUCCAUAGAAGAUACCAUGAGGAAACUGGAAUCACAUUUGCUUCCCUUUACCCUGGUUGUAUUGCCACAACAGGCUUGUUUAGGGAGCACAUUCCUUUGUUCAAAACUUUGUUCCCUCCAUUCCAAAAGUACAUAACCAAAGGAUACGUCUCAGAAGAUGAAGCAGGAAAGAGACUCGCUCAGGUUGUAAGUGAUCCAAGCUUAACCAAAUCUGGUGUUUACUGGAGCUGGAAUAAAGCUUCUGCUUCAUUUGAAAACCAGCUAUCUCAAGAGGCUAGUGAUGUAGAGAAGGCUCGCAAGGUGUGGGAGGUUAGUGAGAAGCUUGUUGGUUUGGCCUAAAGUGAGAGAGCCUCCAACAUCUUUGCUGAGUAAGAGGAAGAGGCAUUGCCAUUGUCAUGGAAUGGAAGGAAAAUGAUGUCCCAGAAGACUAAAAAUGAUAUGUUGAGUGUGUUCAUUGUUGUUUUGUUAGAUAGGAACUUUUAUUUUUCUUUAUGUAGGAGUCCAUGAAUUAAUAAAAUCAUUCAACCAUUUGGCAAA